ACCCUAAAACCCUAAAACCUUAGAAUCUGUCUCUCUAGACCCUGGAAUCUCUCUCUCUCUCUCUCUCUCUCUCUCUCUCUCUCUCUCUGUGAUGGCGAAGAAGAAGAUGGAAUCCAACCCAUCGAAGAAGAAGAAGAAGCAGAGCAUGAAGAAGCUACUGUCUGCUUCCAAUUCCAUCGCCAUGAAAUCCAAAAACCCUCAGAAAGAGAAAGGUCAGAACAAUCCCUUCGAGUCGAUAUGGUCCCGCCGCAAGUUCGACAUCCUCGGCAAGAAGCGCAAAGGCGAGGAGCGUCGCAUUGGCCUCGCCCGAUCCCAAGCCAUCGAAAAGAGGAAAAAGACUCUAUUGAAGGAAUAUGAGCAAAGUGGCAAGUCUUCAGUGUUCAUAGAUAAGCGAAUUGGAGAACGAGAUGAUAAUCUUGAUGAGUUUGGGAAGGCCAUCUUGCGAUUUCAGCGUGAGCGGCAGUCAAAGUUGAACAAGAAAAGCAAAUACAAUUUGUCUGAUGGGGAGGAAGAUGACUUUGCAUCAUUUUCAAAAAGGGAUGAUUUUGAGGAUGAAAUGUCAUCAGAUGAUGAUGCAACCGAGAAGAAUUCAUCAAUUUUCAAACAAUUUAGUGCUCAUGGUGUGCAUAAUCCAUUGGAAACUGGUCCUAUGGAAGGAGAGGAAAGUAAACACAAAACUAAAAAGGAAGUGAUGGAGGAGAUUAUUUUGAAGAGCAAAUUUUACAAGGCCCAAAAGGCAAAGGACAAGGAAGAGGAUGAGCAUUUGAUGGAACAGUUAGAUAAUGAAUUCACAUCCUUGGCACAAUCUGAGGCAUUGUUAUCUUUGACUCAACCAAGCAAGAUUAAUGCUUUGAAGGCCCUUUUGAACAAAAGCAGCACGAAAGAAUCAAAGGAGGGCUGUUCUCCUGCAAACAAAGAAUCAUUGAAGCAGGAAAAACCUGAUGCUUAUGACCGGCUUGUUAAAGAGAUGGUUCUUGAUAUUCGGGCUCGUCCAUCGGACAGGACAAAGACUCCUGAAGAGAUAGCCCAAGAAGAGAGAGAACGGCUUGAACAGUUGGAGGAGGAACGUCAGAAAAGGAUGCUCGGGGCUGAUGACUCCAGUGAUGAAGGCAGUGAUGGUCAGGAAGAUUUUAAUAAAUCAUCACCAAAGAAGUUAAGAGCUAUUUCUGGGGAUGAUCUUGGAGAUUCCUUUUCUCUUGAUGAAGAACAACCAAAGAGAACCGGAUGGGUUGAUGAAGUUCUUGGAAGAAAGAAUACGGACGAUCUUGAUAAUGAAGACGGCUCAGCUUCUGAGGAUUCAGAAAGUGGCGAAGAUGAUAAUGAUGAUGGGGAAGGAAGUGAUGAUGAUGAAAAUGAUCUAGAAGGAAGCGAUGAAGAAGAUGGUAAAUCUUUGAACAUACUUUCUUUGAAGGACUGGGAGCAAAGUGAUGACGAUGAUAUCGGCACAGAUCUGGAAGAUGAAGCAGCAGCAGAUGAGGAAAAUGGACAGCAGAAGGCGAAGGAUAAUAGUGCAGCAGCAGGCAUGAAAAGUCAAAAAAUAGAUUCCCCAAAUGCUCAGAAGAUGCAUGCUUCUGGAAAACCAAAUUCGAUACUACAGGACUCACUCCCUUUUGUAAUUGAAGCUCCCAAAAGCCUGGGGGAAUUACAGUCAUUGAUAGGCAAUCGGUCUGAUAAUGAAGUACUCGAGGCAAUUAAUCGAAUUCGUGCAUGCAACACAGUCAGGCUCGCAGUAGAAAACCGGAAGAAAAUGCAAGUCUUUUAUGGUGUCCUGUUGCAAUAUUUUGCUGUCUUAGCAAAUCAGAAGCCAUUGAACUUCAAGUUAUUGAAUUUACUGGUCAAACCAUUGAUGGAAAUGAGUGCAGAAACUCCAUACUUUGCAGCCAUUUGUGCCCGGCAACGGAUACUGCGAAUUCGGACUCAAUUCUGUGAGGACGUUAAGAACCCAGAGAAAAGCAUCUGGCCAUCAUUGAAGACACUGUUUCUGUUGAGGCUGUGGUCCAUGAUAUUUCCGUGCUCAGACUUCCGUCAUGUUGUCAUGACACCUGCAAUCCUGUUGAUGUGCGAAUAUCUGAUGCGCUGUCCCAUUAUUUCAGAUCGAGAUAUUGCUACUGGUUCUUUCUUAUGCUCCAUGGUACUCUCUGUUGCUAAACAAUCUCAGAAGUUUUGCCCUGAGGCUCUAAUAUUUCUGCAAACUCUGCUGAUGUCUGCUUCAGAGUCAGAGUUCGAAUUGCAUCAACAUUCCCAGUGGUAUUACUUCAAGGAGCUGAAAGCACCAAAACCCUGGCUGCGUAUAUGCAGUCAUAUGCACGAUAUUGAUCCUCUAGAUUUCCUCACGGUUAUGAACAUGCCAGAAGAUUCGUCUUUCUUCAGUUCUGAUAAUUUCAGGGCUAGCGUGCUCGUAUCUCUGGUCGAAACAGUAAGAGGAUUUGUCAACAUAUAUGAAGGAUUAAGCUCCUUUCCAGAAAUUUUUGUACCAUUUUCUGCUUUAAUGCAUAAGUUGGCAAAACAAGAAAAUGUACCGGACUCACUACGAGAUAAUAUGAUGGAUGUUGCUCAGCUGAUAGAGAAGAAAGCUGACGAACAUCAUAUGCUACGGCAACCUCUUCAAAUGAGGAAGCAAAAGCCAGUGCCGAUCAAGCUAUUAAAUCCGAAAUUUGAGGAGAACUUUGUGAAGGGUAGAGACUAUGAUCCAGACCGUGAGCGUGCCGAGAUGAAAAAGAUGAAGAGACGUAUAAAGAGGGAAGCUAAAGGCGCAGCUCGUGAACUGCGGAAAGAUAAUUAUUUCUUAUCCGAGGUGAAGGAGAGGGAUAAGAAGUUGCUGGAAGAGGAAAGAACCGAGAAGUAUGGAAAGGCGAUGGCUUUCCUCCAGGAACAAGAGCAUGCCUUCAAAUCCGGGCAGUUGGGGAAGGGUAGGAAAAGAAGAAGGUGAGACUCGACUAUUACAUUUUGCAUGGCGUAUGCAUUAAGACCUUCUUCAUCUCAACUUGCUGUCAUGAUUAAGUUUUUUAGACUGUGUAAUGGAAACAACCACUAUGUAUGAGAAAUCAAGAUAGCAAUUGGGCAGCAGACUAAAAAUGACUGCAACCUUUAGGACGAAAUGACAGAAUUUCAUUAUGCUGUGGCGUAAUUGGAGGCUUGAGGUUGGAGUUGGUUUCAGUUAUUGCAUCCAGAAGGGGAGGAGGUUUUGGUGGCAGAGACAUCUAAUGUGCCACAGCGGAAGAGUAGAGCAUGGAAGAGAAGCCCAAAUUUCAAAUUUGUUAUGUUAGCUGUAUCUGUAAUGCUAUUUAUCUAAAAAGAUUUUGAUCUUCAUCUAAUUUUAUUGUAUUUGAUCUUCUUCAGCAUAGAUGCGACUACUUACCAGCCUGUUUCUUGAGCCAGGGCUUCUACAUGUUUAAGGCAUACUUUAUGGAUGGGUUGGAUGUUGCACGCGUAUCAUGCUGAUACAUCUGCUCGUAGUUGUGUCUU